UAAUGAUAGGAUGGAAAGAGGAGGCAGAAGGGUUUUUUAUUUUUAUCUUUUAAUGUUAUUCAAUUUCUUCUGGUUGCUAAAUUUGGUGAAACUUCUGGGUUUUUGCUUCUGAGAUUGAGACAUCAUUUUCUGGAUGGUUCCAGUAAGGAGAAAUAUGGAAAUUGGAAUGCUUGCUUUUUCUCUGGACUUUGGAAAAGAUGCUUUCUUUCUUUUUGCUUUUUUUUUAUGCCUUUUUUUUUUAUCUGCACCAUUUAAUUAUCCUCGGGAAAGUGGAAGAUGAAAAAACUGUGUCGUUUAAUAUCUGACGAUUUUCCCCUGCUGAAAACCCACAAAUAUUAAGGGGCUCAGAGCUGCAGCAGUAGUUUGUUUUUUGGUUCUCCUUAUUUCUUCCUCGUUCAUGGGUGAAAAAUUAGAAAGAUAAAAACUGGAUUUGUUGAUGAAUGGAUGUGGGUCUUUCUCAGGGCCCUACACCUUUGAUUUAGCCCGAACAAAUUCAAUUUGAAUUAUUCCAGUUGAAGUUUUCUUAGUACGGAUCAAACUUUCAUGGUAAAAGGUGAAACAUUUCUCUACUCACAGUUAGUUUUGGGGAGAGAGAAAGAGAGAGAUUGUUGUUUUGAUGAGUUUCAUAAAUAACGGUAAAAAAAUUCUUGUGGGAAUUUGACCACAAAGUAAAAGUGUUGCAGGGAAUUGGGGAACAGUUUUACUCCGAUUAAAAAAAAAAGGGAGAUUUGUUUUUUAUGAUAUGAAUGGUGGAGAAACUUGUUAGGUAGCAAGUUAUGAGAGGAAGUGAUGCUUUUGUAUCAAUAUCUUUAGGUUCCGGGAAUCUGCAAGAUAACGUUUCAAAGUCACUGGAUUGAAAAAGUCUGUGACUUUAAUUGGUUUUGGUUGGAUGUAUCUGUUCAUGGAAAUUGAGAUGGGGGGUUCUUGUUUGCAACAGAGUUUGCUGUGUUGGAAAGCGAGUUUCCUUCUUUAGAUGCUGAUUUUGUGUUGUUAAAAGUUGUGUCUGGUUGCUCUCGUUGAAUUCUUGGAGCUGUGGAAGUUAGUGAAUUUGGGCACUUCAUCCACUGGGACUGUUUCUGCAGUAUCUGGAACAGACAGAUCGGAUUUUAUUCUUUCAAGGGGGACUAAAGAUUGGCUUGCCUAAUUCAAUUAAACAGGAUCUGGCGUCUGUUUGCUUGUGUAUUUUAUAAAAGUGUGUAAUUGGUGAAGUUUAUUCUAUGAGUUCCUCCUCACUGAUGGAGUGGAAUACAAAACCACCCAUUCAGUGGGACUGGGAGAACCUAAUGAUGUUUAAUGCAACAACUGAACAUCCAAAGAAGUUACGAUUGACAGAGUGGGAAAUUGAUGGGGGAAGAGGAAUUGAUUCUGGGUCUUUGUACUCUUCUGGGAGUGGAAGUGGUAGUGGUACUGGUGGUUCUGGUUCUGAUUUGGGACUUGCUUCUUUGUCAAAGAGCUCAAAGUCAGCUUCCAUAAAUUCUUCAUCAGUUGGGGAAGUGAAAACAUCCAAACUUACUUUGGAGGCCUCUGAAGCUAUUCCAGAAGAUUCCAACAAUGAGAAAGCACUUGCAAAGGCAAAGCCUACUGGUACUUCUUCUCUUGAGGCUUCAGUUGGCUCAGGCGAGGCUCUGCUAGGCUUAAAGCUUGGUAAACGGACGUACUUUGAAGAUGUUUGUGCAGGGAAUAAUGCUAAGACUUCAUCAUUUUCUGUGAUUCCUGGAUCUUCUGUUUCUCCUGUAAAGAAAUCCAAAUCCAGCGGUCAGGCUUCACCAGCCUCACGGUGUCAAGUAGAAGGCUGUAACCUUGACCUCUCAUCAGCUAAAGAUUAUCAUCGGAAACAUAGAGUUUGUGAAAGUCAUUCAAAAUCCCCAAAGGUCACUGUAGCUGGUCUGGAACGCAGGUUUUGCCAGCAGUGUAGCAGGUUCCAUGGACUGUCAGAAUUUGAUGAAAAGAAGCGAAGCUGCCGCAGGCGUCUUUCUGAUCACAAUGCAAGGCGUCGCAAGCCACAGCCUGAAUCAGGCCAAUUGAAUCCUGCAAGGCUGUCAUCAUCCCUAUAUGGUGAGAGGCAACAAACGAGUCUCGUUUGGAACAGGGCCCCACUUAUUCAUUCCAGGCCUAAUGCAAAUUUGACAUGGGAAGGCACAUCCAGCUCUAAGUUCACGAUAACAAAAAAGUGUGUAAUGAAGCCUCUAAAAGUAGGAGGUACUGAUGGGCAGCUGAAUUUGCCUGUUAAUGAGAUGACAACUUCCAUUCCUAUGCAUCCUCAUGAUUCCAAGAGCUUGUUGCCAUCCAAAUCCAAGGUCACCACAGUUGAGGUUCUCAACCAAGGUUUAGAAGAAUCAAUUAUCUCACCCAAUGUGGAUGCGACACAGGAUCUUCAUCGUGCUCUCUCUCUUCUGUCAACCAAUUCUUGGGGUUCAUGUGAGCAAAAAUCCGUUUCACAUGAGCAGCCUGCACACACAAGUGCAAGUCACACAGGCAUGCCACAGUCCGUGCUGCAUGUUAUGUCCCAAGGCAUGCCACUUGCCUCAACCGAUUACUGGAGGACUGAACAGACUACUGACUCUCGAGAGCAUACCUUGACUGCUCACAAUGAUAGCAGCAGUUACUUUCAAGAGUUCCAGCUGUUAAGAAACCCAUAUGAUAGUGACUUCUACUCUAGUCAGUUGAACUGACUGCUUGAAAUUCAAUCAUUUUCAAAUUGAUAAGUUCACUUGCCAAGUAAGUUCUGUGUCUUGGUUCAACAUCUAGCUCAGUCACUGUCAGAUAAUAUUUUCUUGCCUUGAUGCUUCAAAUUUUAUACUACAGUAUUUGAUGAUUGCUUUAAUAAAGUGGACUGCAAUAGAAGAAGGAAAAAGUCAUUAGUAAUUAGAAACUAUAAUUCUGUGAUACUAGGAUGAGAAAGAUUCAUAGUUUCUUGAAAUUAUGCCAUUUUCAGAAUUGGUGGAAUCAGAUGAAUCAUUUAACCAACAAACCGUGAAGGUUUCGUCUCCCUGCCGAAAGUUCUCUGCUUACGUAAAGUUCUUACCAGUGUUUGUUCUUUUCUCCAGGAUCUUGGCUGUCUUGACCUGUGCUUCAGAUUUCAGAUGAUGGUGAUUUAAAAUUCCAAGAUGAUGUUUUCUCCCAAAUUAUCGUUGAGAAUUGCAAUUUCAAACUUUCCAUUAAUUGCAUGUUAUUGUAAUUGAUGGGAUGAACAUUACUCCUGACAGUGUUUUGGAACUUCUGAAAGUCAGAUGGGAUUGUAACUUAGAUCGUCUUUUCUACUUAUCAACGAAGAUUGGCAUGUCUCCUCUGUGUUUUUCAA